UUUGUUUUUACUCACCUCAAAACUCAUCAACGUCCCUACACAUAAACCUCAAGUCAUCAUUAUAUAAACCUCAAAUAACAUCCACUAUAUAUAUCCUUAACUUUAAUUUGCAUUACAUUAAUAUUCUCUUCACAUUAUAUUCUUGAAUAAUUAUCAUAUAGCAUUAAAUAUGGAGAGAGUAAGCAGAAUGGUAGCUGAAAAGCCAGUUGUGAUCUUCAGCAAGAGUUCUUGUUGUAUGAGCCACACUAUUAAGUCUCUCUUUUGUGAUCUCGGCGUACAUCCGGCAGUUCAUGAGCUUGAUGAGAUGCAGAGAGGCCGAGAAAUCGAAGCUGCCCUCUCUAGGCUCGGCUGUAAUCCUACAGUUCCAGCAGUAUUCAUCGGUGGUGAACUCGUUGGCGGUGAAAAUGAAGUCAUGAGUCUUCAUCUUCAACGAUCCUUGAAGCCAAUGCUUAAAAGGGCUGGAGCUCUAUGGGUUUAAUUAAUUAAUUUAUUAUUGUACUAUAUAUAUAUAUUCGACUUCAAUAACAAUAAUAACGCGAUGUGCCAAGAAUAAUAUAAGCUAGAGGUGAACAUUAAUAAGUUACUUUUAGCUUCAAAAAUAAAAUAAAAUGUGUGUGUGUGUAAUUAUGUAUAAAGAGUGAGAGUGCGUAGUAGCCUAGUGAUUUCUUCAUGAGCUAACUAUAUAUUUUAUUAUAUAUAAAUAUGGUGUACUACUAAAUAAUUUGUUCACUUCUAGUACCCCAGCUUCUCUUUUUUGUAAUGUAAGCUGUGAUCUUUUUUUCGAAUAAUAAAUCUAAGUUUUUUU